AUGUUAUCUUUAGGUACUGAGUGUAAAAAAAUCACUGGUGAAAGGAGAAGUGGUAGUGGUGGGGGGAAGAACAAUACUGGUGGAAGGAAGAGCAAUACUGGUGGGGGAAAGAGCAAUACUGGUGGAGGGAAGAGCAAUACUGGUGGAGGGAAAAGCAAUAUUAGUGGAGGGAAGAGCAAUACUGGUGGGGGAAAGAGCAAUACUGGUGGAGGGAAGAGCAAUACUGGUGGAGGGAAGAGCAAUACUGGUGGAGGGAAGAGCAAUACUGGUGGAGGGAAAAGCAAUACUGGUGGAGGGAAAAGCAAUACUGGUGGAGGGAAAAGCAAUACUGGUGGAGGGAAAAGCAAUACUGGUGGAGGGAAAAACAAUACUUGUGGAGGGAAGAGCAAUACUGGUGGAGGGAAGAGCAAUACUGGUGGAGGGAAGAAUGGUAGUGGUGGGAGGAAGAGUGGUAUCAACAGUGGAGGGAUCAAUGGCAGUUGGGCAAUCAACAAUGAUGUCAGUAAAG